UAAAACAGCAGGCACAAUCAAAAAAGAUUGACAAGACAACGCAAAUACGUAGAAAUUUUCUAUCACAGCUAUAAAAAUAAACAAAUAUUUGACUAACUUAAAAUAAACACUCAUAAAAAAACACAAUAAAUUAUAAUUAAAUUAAUUCCACAAUGACAUCUCGUAAACGCAGUGGCAGUGGUUCUUCGAAACGGCCCAAAGAAAAAGUUGUUUACAUUUAUGAACUUUUCUUUCGUGGCGAAGAUCCCACACAGGAUAGUCCUGAAUUCUGGAAUGAAUUCUUUCUAUUGCAACCGAAUGUUGAAUCUCUUGAGGGUGAAGUCACCAAGUUGACGAGUGAACAGUUUACAUUGGUUAAGAAAAAUCUAAAUAUGAUUUUUCAGAAAUGCAUAGAAAUGUUGGAUACAGAUCAUCCCAAACGUUUGUGCAAUAGCCUACAGACUUUGUGUUCGUUGUUCUUUGCCAUAUUUAAGAAAUCUACGGCCGAUAAUUCUUAUGAUAUACUCAAUGAAAUCUUUGGCUAUGAACAUAUGGAUAAAUGGAUGAAACAGUUAAUGGAUCAUUGUAAUCAAAUAUUGUUGGGAGAUGUUACGGAAAAUGCUAGAUUUAUGUGUUUAAAACUUCUUUUGGUGCUGGUAACCGGUACUGAUAAUGUUAGCCAAAAUGUUUUAUUGGAAUAUCUAAUGAUGAAUACCUUAUUUGAUGCCUUUGUAAGACUACUAAGUGAUCCCACUUUAAGGGCACAACAUGGACAUGAUAUAGUAAUAUUACUAACAAUUUUGGUAAAUUAUCGCAAGCAUGAAGCCACUAAUCCUUAUAUAGUGCAGCUUUCCAUAUUAGCCGAUGAAUUGGCUUUAAAUGGCUAUGGACAAAUGAUUUCUCAAUCUCUUAUUGACUUUUGUCGUCAAUACAUGCAAAGUUUAAAUAAUGCCCAGUCUUCUUCAUGGUUUUCAUCUCUCUCGAAUAUAGUGGGUAAUAUGUUUGUUUCAGAUGAAGGCUGUGAAAGGGUGCAACAGAUUAAGGCCAAUAAUGGUUUACUAUUGGCCUUAUACGAAGCGGUACAUUUAAAUCGUAAUUUUAUAACAACAUUGGCUCAUACACAAGCCGAAACGAGUGCACCGCCCUCACCUAGCAAUACUCUAAGUUUAACACAACCUGUACCGGAUUUAGCCAAUGCUCCCAUUAUAGAUAUGACACAAUAUCCCACUAAUUUACUGGUGGCGGUAUUUCAAUAUUGUUCUAUUGUCAUGCAGGAUAAUAAAAAUGAAUCCAGUGUGGCUAAUCUUAAACUAUGUUUCCUUAUACUCACCUGCAUUUCCGAAGAUCAGUAUGCUAAUUCCAUGAUGCACGAUAAUAAUUUAACCUUUAAAGUUAUGUUACAUCGUGCUCAAAUGCGUCAUCGUAAAUUAAAUGUUGAUCGUGUGGGUAAAUCUCAACCAUUGGCAGCCACUUUAUUGGAUUUGUUAGUGGAAUUUAUUGUUUCUCAUUUAAUGAAAAAAUUCCCUAUGGAAUUGUAUUUAUUGUGUGUGGGUGUUAUACAUCGUAUAUUGUGUUAUCAGAAACGUUGCCGUGUACGUUUAAAUUAUCCCUGGAAGGAGUUAUGGUCAGCUUUGAUUGGUUUGCUACGCUUUUUAGUUAACCAGGAACAGACUUUGGUUAAGAAAUGUAAUAUUUUCUAUUUAUCAUUGCAGGUCGUCAAUAUAUUCAAUUUAUUCAUCACCUAUGGUGAUACCUUUUUAGCCACCACCAAUAGUUAUGACGAACUCUACUAUGAACUGAAUCGAGAGGAAAAAGUCUUUACCGAAUUGCAUGCAAUGGUUCUCCGCUACACCACAAUGCCAGAUUGUGAGUACAAGGAUGAUGUCAUUAAACUACUAAAUGCCUUAGUCAAUAUUUUGGCAAUUGUCAAACAUUUUCAAAAUAAAAUUAAAGAAUGGCUAGCCGAACAGGGUCUAUCUACACCCACUGAAGAACAAAUCUUGGAGGUAGUACGUAAAAAUUAUGAUUUAACAUUAAAACUACAAGAUUCUUUGGAUCAUUAUGAACGCUAUGCUGAGGCACCGCGGCAUACGGCCUUUUUCAAGAAUAUGGUACGUGAUGUAGUCGCCGAUACACGUAAGCAAAUCUAUGGUUAUGUUAAGGAGGCAAUUUCAACCAUUCCAGAACCAGACAAUGCUAUGAUUACUUCAACUUCUUCUAAUACUUAAAGAUUAAUAGAGAUUGAGUUUUUUCUAUGUUAUUUUUUAAAGCAAUUAUUAUUAGCUUUGUUUUAGUAUGGGACAGUUUAUACUAUUUAGAACUACAAAACUGUCCAGUAUUAAAACAAUUUAAUUAUGUUUUUUUUUAGCUACAUUGUGUAAUAUUAUUAUGACUGUUGAUUAUAUAAAUUGAUUUUACUUAAAAAAAAUCUAAAAAAAUUAGGAACAAAACUAUUUGCAUUAUAAUUAUAUUUAACGAUAAAGAAGGUAUCAAUGAAAUUGUGUUUAAAACUAAAGCUGUAUAUU